UCUUCGUCGACCAAGCAAGAAUUGAAAGCCAAAGAACUUCCUUGUAUAUUUCUUGAUCUAAUUAGUAAUUAUGGUGAUCAGGGAUUAAGUGCUUGUGGAAUGUCACAAUCAGGACAUUGGAAAAAGGCUAACG